CACACAUGAUGUACGCCCAGUUGUAGUUUUUUAUUUUUGGAUUUUUGGAAGAGUCAGACUAUUUAAGAUCGAGAUCUCAGCUGCUCAUGAGGAAGACUCGACAUCUCCCCUCUCCAUAUCAGAUUUAUCCCUCUUCACCCCUCCCCUCCAGUAAUAUCCCCUCCGGCCCUACAAACCGACGGGCAGUAGUCGCGCGCGUGUGUGUGUGUGUCCUUUGAGCUUAGCUUGAAGAAUUUGACAGCUUGCAAUCUUCUAUCUUCUCAGAUCAACCCCGCCUCCCGUCCUCCUCCUGCAUACAUACAUAAUAGUAAUACGUACCAGUGUUCUCCCAUUGGAUUGGUUUCCUUUCUUUAUCUCGAUUGGCUGGGGUUCGACCUUGACCUCUCUACAUAGUGCUCUUGCAAGUUGAAUCCAGUCCCAUCUCCUUGAAUAGAAGAACCCAUCCCCAGUAUCAUCAUGGUCCAUCAAAUCCCCAACGUGGCGAGCACCACUCCCACCACCAGCUCGGCUCUCAUCGGAUUCCUGCCACCCGAUCGAUCCCCAUCCAGCCCAUCAUCCCUGCUCUCUGAGCAAACCACCGCCCGCUCCUCCUCAACAUCCUUGUUCUCCUUAUCCUCGCCCCGAUCAACCCUGUCGUCGAUACCCGACACUUCAAAUUCAGACCAGCCACCAUCCUCCUCCUCCUCCUCCUCCUCCUCCUCCUCGGGCGCGUCGGCCCUCAAGGGUGCUUUCCUUGGCCCGCUCCUCAACCUGCUGUCGAGCAUCUGGGUCGUCUUAUACGGGCUCAUCCAGAACGUGAUCAUCUACCUCUUCGCACCUAGUACCGAUGCCAUCACCCUCGAGCCUUCGUCCAACCCGCUCGGCAGGAUCGCCAUCGUCGGCGCCGGAAUCACUGGGAUCUCGACUGCCGCCCACUUCCUUGCUCACGGCUUUGAGGUCGUCAUCUUUGAACAAUCCGAGACGAUCGGCGGGAUCUGGUCCAGAGUCAACAGCACUUCAUCCCUUCAACUGGACUCCUUGAUGUAUAGAUUUCAUCCUUCGGUCAAAUGGUCAAACCAAUUCCCAGUCAGAAAAGGUGAAAUCCUAUCCGAACUUCAAAGAAUCUGGAAUAGCUACCGAUUGAACUCGCGGACUCGAUUUAAUUUCACGGUCCAACAAGUCACUCGCCAGCAAGCCUCAGAAGAUCAGCCUUCGAAAUGGACGAUUAACAAUGGGGCCGAGGGUGUCUUUGAUGGGAUUGUGGUGGCCGUUGGCACAUGUGGCCCGCCCGAGCGAGUCAACUUCCAAGGCCGCGAAGAGUUUCAAGGGAAAAUGAUUCAUUCGAGUGAAUUGGAUCAGAUCGAUUGGCCCGGCAAACGGGUCGUGGUUAUUGGAGGUGGUGCUAGCGCCGUCGAAGCCCUCGAGUUGGCCGUUCAGUCUGGCUGCGCCACUCCUGCGGUUUUGGUUACGCGAACUGACAAAUGGUUUAUUCCUCGAAAUGUCAUCAUCGGAACCCUGCUCGCCAUGAAUCCGUUCGGGAUCCCCUGCUUCAUCGAUCAAAUUGCUGAAAGCGCCAUCCGAGCGUACCAUUACGGAGCCGAUUUGAAGUGGAUGAGUCCCGCUGCCUAUAACGGCAAACCGGCUGACCGCUUGUACAGCAAAACACCGAUCGUCAAUGGCGAAUUCUUGAAACUCGUGCGCGAGAAUCGCGCCGAUUACGUCAGGGCCAAGAUCCAUCGAAUCUCCCCUCAAGGAGUUGAAGUCCAUCGGUUUGGCUUGGAUGAAUCCGAGGUAGUUUCGGCGGAUGUAAUUGUCGAGGCCACCGGUUACAAGCGACCCUAUCUGGGCUUCUUGCCCACUCGCAAGCUCUUCCGGGGUGACAAGACUCCCACCCAGUUUGCCCCGCCCAACCUGUUCCUGCAACACUUCUCCGCCAACGAUUGGAGUUGUCUGAUGACUAAUGCCGGCUACUACGAAGGGUUGGGCACCGUCGGCCACAACCACAUCGGUAUUUUGGCCAGAAUGAUGAUGAUGUUCAUGUUGGAUAGCAAGACUGCCCCUACUACUGCCGAGAUGCAUGCUUGGGUCGAUCGCGUUGUCAAGCUUAAGGGCUCUUUAACUUUCUACACAUACUCGGAACUAUCUAUCUGGUUGGCCACCUUCUUGAUUUCCAACCCGCGAAGAUGGAGUUGGCUGGCCUUUGUUGGGAUGGGUUGGGGCGGCACCGGAGCCAUCAAAAUGAAGACCUUUUAAUCUGCUUUUUGCUCACAAGGGCAUGGUCAUGCUAAAGUCCAUGGAGGGACAUCCACUGGCCUCACUCUUUUUUUUUUUUUUUUU